CAAGGCGGGUUGCCAAGUAGCGCGCAUGUCAGCAUCAUGUCGGCUCUGCUAGCUGUGAGAAGGUUGGGGGCUGCACCUGCAGCUGCCGGAAGAAGCCCGCUAGUCUCCUGUCGGCGGUGGGCCGGCUCCCCGGCCGACACCGUGUACGAUGUGGUGGUGUCUGGUGGAGGCCUAGUGGGCGCCGCCAUGGCCUGUGCCUUGGGAUAUGAUACUCACUUUCAUGAUAAGAAAAUUCUAUUGCUAGAAGCAGGUCCAAAGAAAGUAUUGGAGAAAUUGCCAGAAACUUACAGCAACAGGGUCAGCUCCAUUUCCCCUGGCUCUGCAACCCUUCUCAGUAGUUUUGGUGCCUGGGACCACAUCUGCAACAUGAGAUACAGAGCCUUUCGGCGAAUGCAGGUAUGGGACGCCUGCUCAGAGGCCCUGAUCAUGUUCGACAAGGACAACUUGGAGGACAUGGGCUAUAUAGUGGAGAACAAUGUCAUCAUGCACGCUCUCACCAAGCAGCUGGAGGCUGUGUCAGACCGAGUGACUGUUCUCUACCAGAGCAAAGCAGUCGGCUACACCUGGCCUGGUCCAUUUUCCAUGGCAGACUCCAGCCCUUGGGUUCAUAUUACCCUAGGUGAUGGCAGCACCCUCCAGACCAAAUUGUUGAUUGGCGCAGAUGGUCACAACUCAGGAGUACGGCAAGCUGCGGGAAUCCAGAAUAUUAGCUGGCACUACGAUCAGUCUGCUGUUGUGGCUACUCUACAUUUAUCAGAGGCCACAGAAAACAAUGUAGCUUGGCAGAGAUUUCUUCCCUCUGGGCCCAUCGCUCUGCUCCCGCUCUCAGACACCUUGAGUUCCUUGGUCUGGUCCACAUCCCAUGAACAUGCCGCUGAGCUGGUCAGCAUGGAUGAGGAACACUUUGUGGAUGCCAUUAACUCCGCCUUUUGGAGUGAUGCUAACCACACGGACUUCAUCGACUCUGCCAGCACCAUGCUGCACUAUGCUGUUGCCUUUCUGAAGCCCACUAAGGUCUCAGCUCGCCAGCUGCCCCCAAGUGUAGCCAGGGUGGAUGCCAAGAGCCGAGUACUGUUUCCUCUUGGAUUGGGACAUGCUGCUGAGUACGUCCGGCCUCGGCUGGCGCUCAUUGGGGAUGCUGCCCACAGGGUCCAUCCACUUGCAGGACAAGGUGUCAACAUGGGCUUUGGGGAUAUUUCCAGCUUGGCCCAUCACCUCAGUAUUGCAGCCUUCAAUGGGAAAGACUUAGGCUCCAUGAGCCACCUCACAGCUUAUGAGACAGACAGACAGCGUCACAACACUGCUCUUCUGGCUGCUACCGACCUGCUGCAAAGGCUCUACUCCACCAGUGCCCCUCCACUCGUGCUGCUCAGGACGUGGGGCUUGCAGGCCACAAAUGCAGUGUCUCCGCUCAAAGAACAGAUUAUGGCCUUUGCAAGCAAAUGAAUGCUCCUCUUCUGUAGAUUAUAUUGAAGAAAGAUGAACAUCUUUUUCCAAGGCCAUCACAGAGUUUCAACACUUAAUUUAAUAAAUUGACUUUGUAUUAGCAUUCCCUAGUCUCUUUUUCUCCUUUAUUUAGGGAACCUGUGGAGCCCAAAUAAUGAGUGAUAAUUUGCUGUGAGGAGGGUGUAUAAACCAAGCCAAGGAAAACCCCAAAGGAGACGACUAUUAUGAUUUUUGUUAAAAAGAACUUUUUAUUACUAAAACAAUUGCUAAGACUGGUAGCUGUCGGGUCAGGUGCUAUAGAUGCUUGAAGAGCUCACUGCAGUACCAGGGGUGCCUCUUGAAGA